UUCUCAUUACAGCGUUACAGCUAGCUGCUCUUCAUAUUCCUAAUGCAACCCAUACACUAUUAUUGAGAAAGACAGGUUUUUUUUUUUGUUUUCUUCUACGUGCCCUGUUCCUCUUCCCCUUCCUCUGAUCUUCUAGAGGUUGGAGAUAAAGCUUUUAUAAUACGGAUUGGAGGUGUCGUAGAAUGUUGUUUAAGGAGAAAGGCGGCGCCGGUGGCGGUGGCGGUGAGAGGAAGAUGUUUGUCGGGGUGGUGUGGAACUGCGCGGCGGAGCUCAAGAUCCUUCUUACGGCUCUGUUAUUCCUCUUUUCAAUCAUUACUAUUCUUCAGUUUAUCCCCGCUCGGUUUACUUUCUCCUCCGCCGCCGAUCUGCGCUCUUGCCUUUCCAACCCGCCGCCGGCUGUGUCUUUUUCCGCUGCCCUUCAGUCCAACUUCACUGUCUCGAAUGCCACCGUCGCGGCCUUGCAGCCGCCGCGGGUGGCGGUGGAGAGAGAUCAGGUUCUUGGAAACGGCGUCGUGAAACGGGGGUUCCGCGGGGUCGGCUCCGCGGCUUAUAACUUUGUUUUGAUGUCGGCCUACAGGGGCGGCUACAACACCUUCGCCGUCAUGGGAUUAGCUUCUAAGCCGCUUCACGUUUUCGGAAAGCCUAGUUACGAGUGCGAGUGGGUCCCGGCGGAUAAAUCGCAAGAUUCCCUCUCCGUCGCCGGCCAGAAGAUUCUCCCUGACUGGGGGUACGGCCGGAUAUACACGGCGGUGGUGGUGAACUGCACGUUCCCGUUUCCCGUCGGCGACGCCGACAGCGGCGGCAAGCUCCUGAUCCACGCCACCACCAACGGCGGCGGCGACACUAACUUCAACACAACCGACACCUUCGAGGCCGUCGUGGAAACGCCGCGGGAUUUCUCCAACUUCACUAAAUCAUUCCAGUCUCAGCCCAAGUACGAUUACCUGUACUGUGGGUCAUCUCUGUACGGGAAUCUGAAUCCUCAGAGAGUCCGGGAAUGGCUGGCGUACCAUGUCAGAAUGCUGGGCGAGAAGUCGCAUUUCGUGAUCCACGACGCCGGCGGCGUCCACCCGGCCGUGAUGGAGGUUCUGCGGCCGUGGAUGGAGAAAGGCUACGUCACGCUACAGGACAUUAGGGAUCAAGAAAGAUUCGACGGAUACUAUCACAAUCAAUUCCUUAUCGUCAACGAUUGCUUGCAUAGGUACAAAUUCCAGGCGAAAUGGAUGUUCUUCUUUGAUGUGGACGAGUUCAUCUUCGUCCCCAAGAAGAGCACUCUCAAAUCCGUCCUCGAUUCUCUCUCCGGCUACUCUCAGUUCACAAUCGAGCAAAUGCCCAUGUCUAACAAGCUCUGUCUCCGUGAAGAUUUCGGAAAAACUUUCAGAAAAUGGGGGUUUGAGAAGCUGGUGUACAAGGACGUGAAGAGGGGGAUUCGACGGGACCGGAAAUACGCCGUGCAACCUCGGAACGUAUUCGCGACAGGGGUGCACAUGUCGCAGAACACGGUGGGGAAGACGACGCAUAAAACGGAGGGGCAAAUAAUGUAUUUCCAUUACCACGGGACAAUCGCCGAGCGGCGGGAACCCUGCCGGAAACUGGUCAACACGACAAGCCUCACCGUUGACGGAAUCCCGUAUGUUCUGGACACCACAAUGCGGGACGCUGCCGGCGCCGUUAAAAGAUUCGAACUCAAAACCAUUGGGCCUAGGCUGCAGAAAACACGCCAAUAACCUUAUUUUAGUCUUAUGUUGCCCCAAAAUAAUCCAAUCUUUAUUUCCACUUUCCUUUUUUUGUUUUUGUUUUUUUUUUUUUUGGGUAUAGUUAUUUGUUUAUUUCUGUGUAUGAUAUAAAUUUUCAGAGUUGGGAAUAGAGUAGAAACGGACAGAGCUCUAAUACAUACCGCCGUUUUGAUUCAUCCAUAAAUUGUAGGAUAUUAUAUUCUUUGUUUAUGUUUUUCAAAAAGUAAUCUUAUUUUAAUA